AUGCAUUUAUUCGACCCCGAAUCUGGCGAAGGACACUCUUUAUCCACAUCCCAGGAAUCACGCCCAUCAGCGCAUUUAGACUUGAAUGGGAAGACAUUCUCUGAGAUCAGUUGGACCUCCACAUCUCACAGUCAGAAACUCAAGUGUCAUCUUGAGCGGCUGACGAUCACGAUGGGUCAUCCAGACAAGAUGAAAGACAACAUGUUCACUGGGAACAAACUCAUCAGCGUGGCAAAGAAUCUUGCAAUAUCUCCCGAUGAACAGUUACAAGCUGUCACCCUGUAUUCAACAAACGGGAAUCCAGUUCAGAAUCCAGUUCUACAUGCUUGA